AUGUUGUCUUCAGAUAAUCUAGCUGCCGAUCAGGUUUUCGUCUACGGAUCAGGUUUACAUACCAAAAGAAGUCACCGUGGCUAUGAGAAGCUACAUAAUGAGCACUCUACUGAUGUGUCUACGUCCAAAUUGAUCAAGGUUGCAGCAAAUUUGCUUGUAAAAUUGUUUCGAUCAUCUACGAAGAAACAUAUACAGGAGGUAACAACCGUAGCUCAUCACCAGGCAAAGCAAAAUACAAAGCUUAGCAAGAUUCACCCGCUCUUUAAUAUUCUUGAUCCCCAACGAAGCAAGAAAGCCAUGGCAAAGCCGGAGUUCUUGAGGUAUCUGGAGUAUAUGAAGGAGGCUGGGACAUGGGACCCUGAUUCAGAUGGGCCUGUUUUAUAUUUCAAAUGA